GUAUCUAUCUACAAAUAUAACAUGGUAUUAAUAUACAUUUAGGAGUUUAUGGGGCAAUUCUGGCAUCGAUCCGCGGGCCCUGGAAGACGGUGACCCGAAACUAGAGUCGAGAUCUCGCCCCUGAGGAAUACCCCUCUAUAUUCCAUCAUUUACCAGGCGCGGAAUUCUCAGUCAUUAAGCGCAGUUUUAUGUGAAACAUUGUUCUACUGUGUAAAUCAUUUCAGUGUAUAGGCAACAAUUGGUAGAUCUUGAUGUUUUGUAAACAUUGUUUGUUAUGUGUCCCAUAAGACAACACACAGCCAGAAAGGACUCUUCUUGGUCUCAUUUUUUAAGGCGGGAAAAAAAUAUUGCAAGUAAAAUGGAAUUGAUAACAUGUGAUGAGAAAUUCCGUGAUUCCAGUAAUGUGAUUUUAUUUUCACUUCCGACAGUCGAUAAAGCAAGAAAUUAUUAAACAUUGUUUGUUUAAUUCCGCUUUUUCGUUGUCUCUUAUUGCAAAUUCUUCACAGACACUUUAUAGGCAGCUAAUGGAAUGGGAGAUAGUAUGUUGUCAUGGUUAUAGGGAAAUCAACAGACGUUGGAUUGGGACCCAGUACUAUAAUGCAGAGUUGUGGAGCGUUCGAUAACUUAAAAAGAUACUUCAUCGGGAGAAAAAAUGUGAUUUUCUCAGGAGAGCGAUGAAUUUUAUUUCAUAAUCAGUGGUGAUUUUAGAGGAUUUUUUCUUUUCGUUCGCCGUUUUGAAUGUGUAGACAAUGACUGAAGAAAAUUAUUGUGAGAUGCUGGACAGGUGGUCAUGACAAAUACAAACGUUUCACAGGAGAAGCUGACGAGCACGAGGUGUGAAGAAGACGAAUUGGAGGUGAUAGAGAAUGGGGGGCUCAGCCCUCACCCCUCCCUCAGGACCGAGGAUGACGCAUGCUCAGAAAUCAUCCGCAUUGAACAGGGCGGUUCCCAAGAGCGGGACCCAGAACAAAACACUACCCUGGAGAGGAUCGUUCGAACUUUACAGGUGAUAAAACAAUGGGCCUCCGGAAGAUGGCGCUCGCGCACACUUCCGGCGCGGCCGGAUUCGUUUCUAGAGAGGGUAGCUAUGGGAGGAACAGACGUCAAAAUUGCUCAAUCAGACAGAAAAGUCAGAAAACCGUCCGAUAUCAGAUACUGGAAGACGUUCGUGGUGGACCCCUCCCAGAGCUACUACUACCGAUGGCUGUUCGUCAUCUCCUUCGCCGUUCUCUACAACAUCGUCAUCGUGAUCGCACGGUCCGUGUUCGCCGAGCUACAGACGGAGUACCUGGCCCUGUGGAUGGUCCUGGACUACUUCAGUGACUUCCUCUAUGUCAUGGAUAUGCUUAUAUCCAUGCGAACAGGGUACCUGGAGGAAGGUCUCUUGGUUCGGGAUGCCCAGAAGCUCCGUAAGAACUACACGUCAUCCUCAAUGUUUAUAGCUGAUGUGAUAAGUAUCCUUCCUACCGAUAUCUUCUACCUUGUCACCGGCAUCAACUACCCCGAGUUCAGGUUCAACCGCAUUGUGCGGUUCAACCGGUUAUUCGAGUUUUUCAAUCGAACAGCCACAAGAACUAGCUUUACAAACAUGGUCCGUAUCUUUAACCUCUUGUUGUACAUACUCAUCAUCAUCCACUGGAAUGCGUGUAUAUAUUUCGCCAUUAGUAAUGCAAUAGGAUUUGGCAGUGACAAAUGGGUGUACCCGAAUGUGAGCAUCCCAAAAUACCAACCUUUGACCCGGAAGUAUAUUUAUAGUUUCUAUUGGUCCACUUUGACCUUGACCACCAUUGGGGAGACUCCGUUACCUGACAGGGACGAGGAGUAUUUGUUUGUGGUCGUGGACUUUCUAAUAGGUGUACUCAUUUUCGCCACCAUUGUUGGAAAUGUCGGCAGCAUGAUCACGAACAUGAACGCAACACGUGCAGAGUUCCAGCAGAAAAUGGACGGCGUGAAGCAAUACAUGGAAUUCAGGAAAGUGUCAAAGGAACUAGAGCAAAGAGUUAUAAAAUGGUUUGAUUAUCUAUGGACAAAUAAGCAAUCCCUGAACGAAGAGGAAGUUUUAGGUACGCUUCCGGACAAAUUAAAAGCAGAAAUAGCAAUACAUGUGCAUUUAGACACGUUGAAGCGCGUGGCUCUCUUUCAAGAUUGUGAACCAGGCAUGUUGGUGGACCUUGUGCUUAAAUUGAAACUACAAGUGUUUAGUCCAGGUGAUUACAUAUGUAGGAAAGGUGACAUAGGUAAAGAAAUGUACAUUGUUAAACGGGGACAGCUAGGUGUGGUUUCGGACGACGGCAAACAAAUAUUUGCGACGUUGCGUGAAGGAAGUGUCUUUGGUGAAAUAAGCAUAUUGAACAUCGCAGGAAAUAAAAAUGGUAACCGGCGAACGGCCAACAUUAGGAGUAUAGGAUACAGUGAUUUGUUCUGUUUAUCAAAAGAUGACUUAUGGGAGGUGCUCACGCAAUAUCCGGAUGCAAAGAAAAUACUCAUGGACCGUGGUAAACUCAUUUUGCGAAAAGACAACUUACUGGAUGAGGACUUGAUGAAAAAGUUGGAGGCUCAACAAGAGACGACGGAACAGAAACUGGAACGGAUAGAUUCAAACCUGGACACGUUACAGACGAGGUUCGCCAGACUCCUGGGUGAUUACAACUCCACUCAACAGAAACUGAAGCAACGAAUCACAAAGCUAGAAAAACUCUUGGCACGUGACCACGAUGACGUGUCCAAUAUAUCUGCGUUAGAAUGAAGGACAGGGGAUUGUUUUUGAUAUUUAUUGUGAAUGGUGCCGAUGGGAGAUGUUUGGUUUUGCCAAGAUGGCGAUUUAACAAUCAGCAGAGGUCCAAUGGAGUCCUGUGAUCUGUUUAUUGUAAGAAACAUCCGCAUUACCAAAGCAAUACAACCGAGUGACGUCAUACGAUACUACCCUUAUGUUGUGAUUCCAUACCAUAGAAGAACGGUUAUGUUCACAUCAACUGAACAUUUACUAAUGGACGGUCAGCGAAAAUGGACAGCAAGAAGUAAUGGUUCAGAAAUACAACACUAUCUUAAGUGCUCCGUAAAAAAUGUAGGGAGAAAGAGUGCGCGAAAAAUUCAUGGUUUCUAAUGUAUAAAGAGUGGCUGGCUCGCUCUUUCCGUGAAAUCAUCUAGAAUUGUGAUAUGCUUCUUCUACCAGUUCAAUAAAGUAGAAUCAAUGUUUAUAGACUAUAUAUAUAAAGAAGAAAGAAAAUC